AUGAUGGUAUAUGGCCAGGAAAGCCAAUUUUCUAUCAUUAAUGUUCAGGAGGGCAAAAGAGAAAUCAUCGGCUCAGUCUUUGAUGGAGAAGUAAUAAUAGUAAAAAAUUUAAUUUUCCCUGGAAACACUCCUAAUGUGCCAAAAUCAGACCAAAAAAUAUUACAAGUAUCAAUCUCUGGAGGCUCUACUAAUCCUGGCACUGCUCCAAUGACAUCUCUACCCCUUUUUUGCAACGGGGCAUAUACAGCAUGGAGCUUGAUAAAUGACGGCACAUUAGGGAUUUUAAAAAAUUUUCAAAUUAAAUACUUCAUUUCUGACUGCGGCACAUUGAAUUAUGAUGAAAAGUUUGCGAGACCUUGCUUUACCAAAGAUAUAGAUAAAAUUGGAUUAGCGCAUAUAUCAAUGGGUACUGUAAUAGCAACUGGAGAAAUGAAGCUCUUUGAGAGCUUAAAUGUAACAAUUCCAGUCGUUGGGGCAGCAGCAGUAGGCCGUGCACUGAGCUCAACCGCACUUUAUCCUAUGUUCACAAGAAUCGUCGUUCCGAACGACUACAUACUUGCUUUGAGUUCGCUUUUCUUAAAAGUUCUCGGCUGAAGUAAACUCUGUGUCUUAUAUUCUGAUGACUUAUCAAGCAAGGCAACAUAUUCCACACUUAUAGAAACUUACACGAAAUAUGGCUUAGAAGUUUUAAACCCUGAAAGCUUAAGUGAGAUCCCUGAUAAUCUAAAUAGAACCACUAUCAAGAAUUAUGCUAGCUCAUUUCAAGCAAUCUUAGAUACACAAGCAAGGCUUUUGAUUUUAAUAUGUAUGCCUCCUGAAUUAUAUUACAUUCUUGAAGAGCUGUAUGAUUUAGGCCUAAGAAAAGGCGAUCUCGUAGUUUUUGUUAAAAAUUCAGUACUUCUUACAAUGACAGAAUACGAUUUUAUGUAUACUUAUAAAUUUAAAGAAACAGGAGUUCCGAUGAUCUCUAUUUCUGGACAAAACUGGGUUGGAGAAGUUGGAAACUUUGCGUACUCAAAAAUAGCAUCUCUUUAUAAUGCAGUCCCUUAUUCAUAUGCUUGCAAUUACUAUGAUGCAGCUUAUUAUAUAGCACUUGAAUUGGAUUCUAUGAUAAAUCAUGGGUUUGAUUAUUAUGAUCCUUAUCAGCUAAAUUUGACAAUGAGAGCUCGGAAAUUUAUCGGAUGCACAGGAAAGUUUUCGAUUGAUAAAGACAGCAAUGACAGGAUUUUGGAAAAUUUUGAUAUUAGUGUUAAUAAAAUAGAUGCAGCUUCUGGAAAUGUGACUGCUUAUAAAUUAGGAGAAUUUCACCCAUAUAGCAGCAUAAUGCUAACUAUUGAUUCACCAAUUAUUUAUGGAGAUGGGUCCUCUAUAAAGCCGGAUGAUCUAAGAAAUCAAGAUAAUGAAUGCCCUUUUUCUAAUAAGCUAGUAAGGACGUUUACAAAAGGAAGAAUUCUCACUUUUGGCAUUUGCUUCGGAUUUGCUUUAGUCUCUUUUAUUUCUACCGCAUAUAUAUGAAAAACGUGGUGAAAUAUCGAAAUAGAAGAGCUUAAAGAAAGGCAAGAAAUUUCGUUGCAAAAUUUUAUUGUUCAGAUAACAAUAGGUAUUGAAUUUUUCCAGUUUGUAGCGAUGGGGCCAGACAUAACUCCAAUCAGUACUUCUUAG